ACGGAGCUCGGAAACAAUUUUCCAAAAAAGCGAAAAUUGACCAUUCCCCUUUCUCUCGCGAUUCUUCAAACCCCCUAACGCUGCUUCUAUUUUCUGAUUUCUUCGCUUGCGGUUUUGGAUUUGGACUUUGUCGUCAACAGAGUCGAAAACAUCUUUAUCUUUGCGCUCCUUCUCCUUGGCGCAUGAGUCUCAAUCUGGUUCCUGCAACGCAACACAGUCGUUUCAACUAAUCCAUCCAUCCAUCACUCGCUUUCGAUCGGAGCAAAAAUGGCCGAUCAGUUAUCCAAGGGAGAGGAAUUCUUGAAGAAAGCCGAGAAGAAGCUCAGCGGCUGGGGCUUGUUUGGCUCUAAAUACGAAGAUGCCGCCGAUCUCUUCGAUAAAGCCGCCAAUUCCUUCAAGCUCGCCAAAACAUGGGACAAAGCAGGAUCGACAUACCUAAAGUUGGCGAGUUGUCAUCUGAAGUUGGAAAGCAAGCACGAAGCUGCACAGGCCUAUGUUGAUGCUGCACACUGCUACAAGAAGACGAAUAUAAACGAGGCGGUAUCUUGCUUGGACAAUGCUGUUAAUCUUUUCUGUGACAUCGGAAGACUCUCUAUGGCUGCUAGAUAUUUAAAGGAAAUUGCAGAAUUGUACGAGUCUGAACAGAAUAUUGAGCAGGCUCUUGUGUACUUUGAAAAAUCAGCUGAUUUUUUUCAAAAUGAAGAAGUGACAACUUCUGCAAACCAAUGCAAACAAAAAGUCGCCCAGUUUGCUGCUCAGCUAGAACAAUAUCAGAAAUCAAUUGAUAUUUAUGAAGAGAUAGCUCGCCAAUCCCUCAACAAUAAUUUGCUGAAGUACGGAGUUAAAGGACACCUGCUUAAUGCUGGCAUCUGCCAACUCUGUAAAGGGGACGUUAUUGCUAUAACAAAUGCAUUAGAACGAUAUCAGGAAUUAGAUCCAACAUUUUCGGGAACACGUGAAUAUAGAUUGUUGGCGGAUAUUGCUGCUGCAAUUGAUGAAGAAGAUGUUGUGAAGUUUACUGAUGUUGUCAAGGAAUUUGAUAGCAUGACUCCUCUGGAUUCUUGGAAGACCACACUUCUUUUGAGGGUGAAGGAAAAGCUGAAAGCUAAAGAACUUGAGGAGGAUGAUCUUACUUGAAUUGUCCCUGUAUUAUUGUGGUGUUUGUUCCUAUUGUUUGGUGAUUUACAUUGUACUAUGCGUGUCUGUUCAGUUGUUCAUCCUACACACUACUUACGGCGUGUACUUGCUUUGGUUUCAAUUGAAUUGGUCUGACUGAAUUCAAGAAAUGAGUUUUAAUGAGGUUGCUUGAAUCUAAUCUUAUCUAAUCAUUAUGAAUUGAAUUAUUAUCAUUA